AUUGUAUAAAUUGUUUGUUUGCAUCUCAUGAUAGUUGAUAAAACCAGAUAAAAACUGGACGUUACUUUGUAGAAUAUAAAAUUUUGAAAAUAGUGAAGUCGUAAAGUUAAUAGACAUGGUGUGCGACACAGAUUUCAAUCUUAGAUCUUGGAUAAGAAGUCACCAACGGACGCCAUCAGGGUCCCGCGACUUCAAGGAAGCCACAAAGCGAGAUGCGCUCGCUCGCCUGGAGGUCGAUCUGGAGAAGCUGCUCGCCUCCCUCCCGGCCAACAAGCGGCCGAUGGUCGAGAAGGAGUUCCAGGGCUUUAAGAACUUGUUCAGCAGAUUCUUGGCGGAGCAGGGUCCAUCAGUGACAUGGGAGAAGAUACAGAAACUGCCAGAAGGUGCAGUCAUAGACUACUCGUCUCUAGAGACACCGACCACAGAUAACAUCCACCACAUGCUGGAUAAGCUAGUGGUGGUCAAACUGAACGGUGGUCUUGGCACAUCAAUGGGUUGCAAGGGACCUAAGUCCGUGAUACAAGUGCGCAAUGAGCUGACUUUCCUCGAUCUGACUGUACAGCAAAUUGAGCACCUAAACAAAACAUACAAAUGCAACGUGCCGCUGGUGCUCAUGAACUCUUUCAAUACGGACGAGGAUACUCAAAAAGUGAUCCGCAAGUACAAGGGUCUGAAGUUGGACAUACAUACAUUCAACCAGUCCUGUCAUCCACGGAUCAACCGCGAGUCGUUGCUGCCUAUACCGAAAAAUGGUGAUGUGCACUCGGAUAUUGAGGCAUGGUACCCACCAGGUCACGGUGAUUUCUACGAGUCUUUCUACAACUCGGGCCUCUUACAAAAGUUCAUCAAAGAAGGCAGAACAUACUGCUUCAUCAGCAACAUUGACAAUCUCGGAGCCACAGUCGAUCUAAACAUCCUCAGCCUUUUACUAAACGCAGAUGCCAAAAGAUCCGAAUUCGUAAUGGAAGUCACAGACAAAACAAGGGCAGAUGUCAAAGGAGGAACUUUAAUCCAAUACGAAGAUAAAUUAAGAUUGCUCGAAAUAGCCCAAGUGCCAAAGGAACAUGUAGACGACUUCAAGUCAGUCAGUCAGUUUAAAUUCUUCAAUACGAACAAUCUAUGGGCCAAAUUGGACGCAAUACAGAGAGUUGUUGAACAGGGGUCGUUGAAUAUGGAGAUAAUUGUGAAUAAUAAGACGUUAGCUGAUGGUCUUAACGUAAUACAGUUGGAAACAGCUGUAGGCGCAGCCAUGAAGUGUUUCGAAGGAGGCAUAGGGGUAAAUGUGCCUAGAAGUCGAUUCUUACCUGUGAAGAAAACUUCCGAUCUUUUGCUAGUGAUGUCCAACUUAUACAGCCUAUCCCAUGGAUCGCUAGUGAUGUCCCCACAGAGGAUGUUCCCGUCUACUCCUUUAGUGAAGUUGGGAGAUAAAAACUUUGCCAAAGUAAAGGAGUUUUUGAAUAGAUUCGCGACUAUACCUGAUUUGAUUGAGUUGGAUCACUUGACGGUGUCUGGAGAUGUCACAUUUGGAAGGGGUGUCUCUUUGAAGGGAACGGUUAUAGUCAUAGCGAAUCACGGAGACAGAAUCGACAUACCCUCAGGUGCGGUGCUCGAAAACAAGAUUGUUUCAGGAAAUCUGCGUAUAUUGGAUCAUUAAUUAUAUAAAUAUAUUUACAUACGGCUCUUAGAUAAUUCCUAAAAAUACCUAAAAAAUAAGUUUAAUAAAAAUUUUACGAAAUA